UACGGCCGGUCGCUCGCGUUGUCGGAGUGAUUCCAUGCCCUGUAACCUAUCGUAGAAGUGAGCUCGGGCAUAGUUGAUUAACUUUCCUGGGAUGAAAACAGACUGGAUUUAAAAUAGUACAGGACACACGAUGGAACAGUUUGGGAAGAAAAAAACUUUUCUAUUACUGUUGGCGUUCGGUCUUCUGUCAGUGAAAACCGGAUUGGGUCAGAAUCAAAUCAACCGAUGGAGAGGUAAUAUUCUGAAAAAUUUAACCGGAACGCACGAAUACGAGAACCACAUUGUAACGAGUCAGCUGGACGCAUCGAUGCCGAUUCGAAUGUUCUAUCGAAGCUUUCGAGAAGUGUACAAUCGGUUACUGGGGCCAACCGGCGGAAGGAUCCAAGGAGCGUUCCUGCAGCCACAUGUAAUGCCUAGUGUACCGUUCCCGUGCGACACCCGAGGAUAUCGCAGCCAGAUUGUUCCUACCAGUGUGCAUAAAUUGCGACCAGGUGACAUCGAUGUAAUAUCCGCUAUCGGAGAUUCACUAACCAGUGCUACCGCUGCCAACUCCGUUGCCCUUUGGGAGCUUCUGAUCGAAAAUCGAGGAUUAGCGUGGUGUAUUGGUGGACAAGGAACCUGGCGUACUCAUCUUACGCUACCGAACAUUCUAAAGGAAUUCAAUCCGAAUUUGUUUGGUUACUCAUUGUUCGAUUCGUACAAUGUUCAUCACUCAGCUCAAUUCAAUGUAGCGGAGAAUAUUGCAACUACCACCGAUAUGCCGUACAAUGCAGCUAAGCUGGUCGAACGUAUGAAAAUGGAUCCUAGAGUACGAUGGGAAAAACACUGGAAACUGCUCACAUUCAUGAUAGGCGGCAACGAUUUUUGUUCGGAUGUUUGCUAUCAAACAAAUGCCACUGAGUGGAUCAAUGCAGUACAAGAGAAAUAUUUAAUCAAAACCCUUCAGUACCUGAGACACAACAUGCCAAGAACCAUCGUCAACCUGGUCCCAUCUCCGUUGAUCAGCUUGUCCUUUUCGAUGGACCAGGCGCAACUGCCGUUCUCCUGUCAGCUGACCCGUCCGAUCGAGUGUUCCUGUCUGUUCGGACCAAAGUACUCCAACCGGCGAGAUCUGUUCCGCCGGCUGGAGAGAAAGUUCGUUGCCAUCAUGGAACGUGUCAGCCACGUGCCGGAAUUUCACAGUGAAGACUUUACCGUUGUAUAUCAACCAUUUUUCAAGGAAGCUAGUGUGUUCUACCGCCGCGAUGGAAAGUCGGAUAUGACCAUCAUGUCGAUCGACUGUGUUCAUCUGAGCCAGAAGGGGCAUGCCGUGUCGGCGAACGGACUGUGGAAUAACAUGAUGGAACCGCCGGGCGGGAAAUCCUUGGGGUUCCGAGAGCUGUUCGAGCAGUUCAAGUGUCCGACCGCACAGAAUCCCUACAUUAGAACGUAUUACAAUAGUUGACUGUGAUAUUUUUGAUUCUAUGAUAGAAUAAAGUGUUUUUGGUUUAUUUUUGAUAACAAUAUAUUUUUUCGUCAACA